AUGUCAGACUCCUUGGUCCGUGUUUCAAGACGGGUCGGAUGGGGAGCCCGCAGGCCGUUGCAGCGCAGCAUCCCGAGGGAUGCGCCUGCGGCGCGCGGUAACCGGCCGUGCCGACGACGGCUGCCGGGGGCACCUAAGGUCCCCGGGCUUAGGCCGCCGGCGCGGCCGACAACAGUCCACACCCCGAGCCGAGCGGCGGACCAGCAAAAGCCGUUCCGCAUACGACCGGGGCGCAUCGCCGGCCCCCAUCCGCUUCCCUCCCGGCAAUUUCAAGCACUCUUUGACUCUCUUUUCAAAGUCCUUUUCAUCUUUCCCUCGCGGUACUUGUUCGCUAUCGGUCUCUCGCCUGUAUUUAGCCUUGGACGGAGUUUACCGCCCGAUUUGGGCUGCAUUCCCAAACAACCCGACUCGUUGACGGCGCCUCGUGGUGAGACAGGGUCCGGGCCGGACGGGGCUCUCACCCUCCCAGGCGUCCCUUUCCAGGGAACUUGGGCCCGGUCCGUCUCUGAGGACGCCUCUCCAGACUACAAUUCGAGUAGCGAAGCUACCCGAUUCUCAAGCUGGGCUGUUCCCGGUUCGCUCGCCGUUACUAGGGGAAUCCUUGUAAGUUUCUUCUCCUCCGCUUAUUUAUAUGCUUAAACUCAGCGGGUAGUCCCGUCUGACCUGGGGUCGCGGUCCGAGCGCCUAAACGCUUCGGUCGUGUAUGGGUCCUUGAGGCCAAUAAGCCAGCUGCAUGCCAGGACACUGCACCGAGAACAACUAGAUGUCGCCCACCACGUGCGGUGCCCGACAAGUUAUGCCGGCAGCCCAAACUUCGGCCCACCGCGCCUUGCAGCACGGGGAGCCAAACACCACGUCCUUCCCCAGGUUUGGGUUGGGAGUGUCUUUUGGCGUGACGCCCAGGCAGGCGUGCCCUCAACCAGAAGGCCUCGGGCGCAACUUGCGUUCAAAAACUCGAUGGUUCGCGGGAUUCUGCAAUUCACACCAGGUAUCGCAUUUUGCUACGUUCUUCAUCGAUGCGAGAGCCGAGAUAUCCG